CCUGCCCGGAUUUAGGGCGAGUCCUUCCCGGGACUCUGCUGCGGCCCGGGACGGGAGCGUGGGCCAGGGCCUCGCCUCUCCGAGGGAUGGAGGGGAUGGAGGCGGCAGAGAAGCCUGCGCGCAGCUCUCAAGCAUCCAGGUCAGGGAGCAGAACAACCAGCCCCAUGCACGUGACUCCAGCUGUGGCCAGAAAUGGUUCUGAGCAGCCAUACAGCGGACCCCUCCCAAGACCCCCGUUCUAUCCCCAGAAAGACAGACAGCAUUGCCCAGUGGUUCCCAAGCCUCCCGGGGCAUGGACGCUGCAGCACCAAGGCCUUUCUGUGCUCGAAUCCAAGGUGAAGGCCUUGAAGGAGAAAAUGACGGCAAGGACACAGGGGGCAAAUCCCUGUCCCACUUCCUAUGAGUGUCCAUCCCCCACAAAAUCCAAGGGCCACCAAGUCAAGCCCAAAGCAGUCUGGAACCUACCUGAGGGCUCUCCUCUCUCAGAUGCCCUGGUGGUCCCCCAUGCUCAGAACCAGACUGGUGGGCAGCUAGACAGCAGUGUUAAUGAGGAGAAACCUCCCGGGAAUGGUGGAUCCAGGCCAUCUACCCCUGACCUUGAGAGCUGGAAUGGACAAAGGCUGCCGUCCCCAGAAGCAGCGUGGAUGCUGGCUGAUCUUGAGGAAGGCCCAGCACCAGGACCUGGCUCUUUACAAGAGAGCCCCAACAAUGAUGUUUCUGCAGACCAGCCACAGUGGUCUGGGGCCUCUAAAACCAGCCACGUGAGCAGCCUAAAGAAGAAACGAGCAUACGCACCUAGAGACAGUGUGGUCACCGAGGGAGAUCUAGACAGCACAGCCCUAACCUCCAAGGAGGACUUAGUUCCCAGAACAGACCUACAGGAGGUGCUCUGGAGAGCUGGUGGCCUGGAGGCCCUGCGCACUGGGACACAUGCUUUGUCCCUGUCUGACCAGGUGGAAAGGAACCGCCUCCUGCUGCAGGAGAUGCUGAAGGUUUCCAGGCGGAGUCCUCCCAAGGUGGGAAGCCCAGACUGGACUCCGUCCUGGGACAGGGCUGCGUCAGAGCGACCUGCGGGAGCCGUGGACUGGGACUCGGGCACCCCCCUGCAGGACUCAGGUCAGAGCAGGACCUUUGUUCCCAAGCUGGAGCCUCUGCUGAGUGCCAGGUAUGAGGGAACCAAGAAUCUGAUACAGCGUGCUCGCAUGAAGGCCAGGACCCAACCGCUCCGAGCCAGCCAUCACAUUAUGCCCACCGUUGCUCAGGGCAGUCGAAAUGGCCAAAGAAGCCCAGUUCUGGAUGUCAGGAGAGCCUCUGCCUCCAGAGAGAGCCUCCAGAAUGGGGACCGGAGUGACUCCUCUAGUAUGGAGUCUGGUGAUGGGCAGUGGCCCAAGCAGGGAAUGCCCCUGUCCCAUGUCCGUUUUGAAGAUGAGUCUGCCCAUGAGGCUGAGUUCCGGUACCUAGACCGGCUACAGCAGCGCCAGCGUCAGGUGUUAAGCACAGUGCUACAUGCUGUGGGCCAAGGACCUCUGCGCUCCAAGCCUGACCUAACCAACUACAUUAACCGUAACACGGGGAACAACUCACGCCACAGGCCUGUGGGCUCCCUGGACCACAAUGACUUCCCUGCAUCACCGUCUCCAUGGGACAAUGAGAGGAAGUGUCCAGCCUGUGGUAGUUGUCUUGAGGAGCGUUGUCCUGCUGAGGGGAGAGCAGCCCCUGACCUGAGGGCCCUCCAGGAUCUUCAGAUAGACUGUGAGUCAGAGACGUCGCUGCUGGGGCCCUGUAAUCCUCACGGCUUGAACUCACCAUUCCCAGGGCUCCACACAGAAUGGAUCCGGGAAGCACACAUCACAGACACUGUUACCACACCCCCUGAGGAGGGGAACUCUGCCUUAGACAGCGCCAACAGUACAGACAGCUGGACAGACAGUAAGGAUGCCAGGACCUCUCAGCCCAGCAGGGCAGGUGGGCAGACCCAAGGCAGCAGCCCCCAUCCGCAACAGCAUGGCUCUAAGCCUCGGGAAGGCCCCAUGUGCUCCAGAAAGGCUGAGGUGGAGCUGCCCUGGGGCCUUCAGGCCUGGCCUCACCUUCCUGAGGUUGGUGAUGUGGUUGUAGGAGGGGAGGUAAAAGGAGCCACAGGACACACACCCCAGGGAACUUUGUUUGUACAGGAAGAUGCUGUGCCUAAAUCUGUCUUGGAACCUAAGAGGCCUUGGUCCCAGGGGCAGCCUGGAGCACGGUUAGGAAAUCACUGUGCCUACCCUGAGGACUCCUGGACUCCAUGCAGGACAAAUUAUGCUGUGUCGUUUUCCAAGAAGCUUGGUUCGUCAGGGUCAGGCCAACCAGACAAAGGUGCUGAAAUCCAGGGGUCUCUGGAAACUGUAUGCACUUCUGCCCUCCAACAGAGCCAUGAAGAGUUCUCUGCACCUCACCCAGCCCUGCAGCCAACUCUGCCCCUCUCCCUUGAAGGCUGGGUGCCAACCCCUCCCGCCUCAAGGAAAUCCCUCUGCCCGAUGCCUCCAAAGAAGCCAGCCUGGAACAGGCAGGAACAUCUGGUGGAGCAUUUGGACAUCCCCCUGCCUCUGUCCCCUCCAAGAACUUCGGUUCUCAUACCACCCCAGACCCAGCCCUACAGCCCCCAUGUCAAGCAUUCCCUGCUGGGCCUGCCCACCAACAACUACAGCAGCAGUGUCCCUCUGGGGCUACAGGAGCCCUGGGAAGCAGCUGCCCACAAGAGUAGAGCUGAGAGGGACCACCUUUGCCAGGAGCCUGGACUGCCCCUGGAGAGUGACGGAGAUGGAACACCCCAGGACUCUUUCCAGUCAGCAGAUGCCGCCACUGUCAAUUCUACAGCCAUCACCCUCUCCCUCCCCUCAGAGGAGCCCGGCAGCAGCCUGGAGCUGGGAGGAGAUCUACACAGGACAGAAUCCAGCUCUGGAGGCCGCAUGCCUGCUGGAGUAUCACCUGAGGCCAGUGCAGGGCACAGGCCACCCUCUGCUGCCCAUUCUGAUGGGAACAAGAAGAGGAGGAGUAGUAUCACCUCCACCCUGGGGCUCAAAAAACUCCUCUCAGCCCUGGGCCACACCCCCCGGCCCAGACUUGGCACAUCCCGAAGCUACAGUGUGGAACAGCUGCAGCCCUCAGCACUGGCCCCCCAAACCAGUGCCUCCAAAGUGAAGAGAGCUCCGUCGUUACAGAUGCUGCAUCUGGUGUCGCCCUCUUAUCAGCAUCGGAAAGCAACUUCCUUUCAGAACCUCCAUGCUCUGCUAGGAGGCAAGGGAGACCGGUCCAGCCUCUACUUGGUAGAGGGGUCAGAGGACACAAGUUCACCGAGCAGGCCAGCCAAGGCCUUUCCUCGUCGUGCCCUCAGUGUGGAAGAUGUGAGUGCCCCUAGCCUGGCCCGCACUGUGGGCCGCGUGGUGGAGGUGUUCCCAGAUGGCACGAGUCAGCUGCAGCUGCAACGACCCCCAGAGGGCACCUUUGGUUUCUGUGUGGCCUACGGCAAUGGCCAGCGAGACUCAGGGCUCUACGUGCAGGCCAUGGCUGACCUGGAUACUGCCAAGCUGUACUCGGGGCUGCUUGGGGUGGGGGAUGAGAUCCUGGAGGUGAAUGGGGCCAAGGUUGCUGGGCUGGGUUUGGCUCACAUCAAGGAGCUCCUGGAUCAUGUGGAGAGCUUGUCGGUUCGUGUCUUGAGACAGAGACCUGUUCCCCAGUGACCCAGAUGUGCUGUUACUCUCCCUGACACUCCCGACCCCCACAUGGCAGAAGGGGCUGGAAAUGCACCACACAGAGAUAAUUUGUGGGUGGAAAAUGUGGUUCACAAAUCAGGGUGGCAUCUAGUUGUCCCGGCUAUGGCAGAGCUGUUUUGAUUGACUACCUGCAGGGAGAGCCGAACAGCCUGUUUGUUUCAGUUAAGGUCACUAAUUUAUGCAGAGCUGGGGAAAUAAAAUAAUGGUCUUCUUCCACGA